UCACUGGGUCCGAAGGCAGGCAGGCAGUCCUGUGGCCGCACCACAGCCUGCUGUGCGGCUUCCCUGCGGUGCCCGGGCAUGGGGGCCCCCCGAGUCCCCACGCGGACCGUGCUCUUCCAGAGCGAGAGGAGCGGCCUGACCUACCGCGUGCCCGCGCUGCUGCCCGUGGCCCCGGGGCCCACCCUGCUGGCCUUCGCAGAGCAGCGGCUCAGCCCCACCCACCCUAAGGACCAUGGAGGCUGUAACCAGCAGCCCCUCCCGUCUGCAGACUGGGCCACAUUUGCCGUGGGCCCAGGCCACGGCAUCCAGCUGCGCUCGGGCCGCCUGCUGGUGCCGGCCUACACCUACCACGUGGACCGGCGGGAGUGCUUCGGCAAGAUCUGCAGGACCAGCCCCCACGCCUUCACCUUCUACAGCGAUGACCAUGGCCAGACCUGGCGCCAUGGCGGCCUCCUGUCCAACCUGCGCUCGGGCGAGUGUCAGCUGGCUGUGGUGGACGGAGGGCGGGCGGGCAGUGUCCUCUACUGCAAUGCCCGGAGCCCCCUGGGCAGCCGUGUGCAGGCCCUCAGCACAGAUGAGGGCACCUCCUUCCUACCGGGAGAGCUGGUGCCCACUCUGGCCGAGACGGCCCGGGGUUGCCAGGGCAGCAUCCUGGGCUUCCCAGCCCCACACUCUAAUAGGCCUGGCGAUGAGGGAUGGUCAGUGGGCUCCAGGAAGACUCCCUUUUCUCCAAAUCUCUGUCCUGGAGCCCACAAAUCCCCGAAGGAGUGGGCUGGAGACACCCAAAGGGGUGGGGGUGUUGAUGGGACAAAGGGAUGUGGGGGCGGGACAGAGCUAUCAGGGGAUCCUAGCCCAGGGCCUGAGCUCAGUGGGGACGGGAGGGCCUGGUCCCUGCAGCUCCCUAGGCUCCCUGCUGCCCUGCCUCAGAGCCCCACGUGGCUGCUGUAUUCCCACCCAGCGGGGCGCAGGGCUCGGCUCCAUAUGGGUGUCCACCUGAACAGGUCCCCCCUGGAUCCACACAGCUGGACGGAGCCUUGGGUGAUCUACCAGGGCCCCAGCGGCUACUCUGACCUGGCAUCCAUCGGGCCCACCCCUGAGGGCUCCCUGACCUUCGCGUGUCUAUAUGAGAGUGGAACCAGGGUGUCCUACGAGGAGAUCUCUUUCUGCGUGUUCUCCCUGCGUGAGGUCCUAGAGAAUGUGCUUCCGGGCCCCGAGCCAACAGGCCUGGGGAACAAGCCUUGGGAGCAGUGCUGGCCCUCCUGAAGGGCCCUCUGACCAGGCCUGGCCAGGUGCGUCCAGGAGGAGGGGGGAGGGCAAGGGUCUGAAUGGAGCUCUGGGUGAUCCCUCAAGAAGCACCUUUGACCUUCAACUUCUUCAUGGAGAGCCCUGAGGGUAGGUCUUCAUGAAGGGCCCUGUAUAAGGACACAGAAGUUCAGUUUUAAUACUGUCAGACAAGUAGGCAUUGAGAAGAGCUCACAGCUGGAAGCCAAGGGAGGUGGGCUCUCAGCCUUGUAGGGGCAGGAGAUGGGCAAGGGUGACUGGGAUGCUUGGACUCGAGCAAGGGGCUGCACUGUCCUGGUGUUUGGCUCUUUAAUCUCACUCUGUUUUCUGGUUUCUGGAUGGGAAAUAAAGGGGUUGUGC